AUGUCCGUUACUAGUACUACGCCGUCGACUUCUGAGCCAGCGCUGGUUGCAUCAGCAUUGACCGGCAGCAACGCGUCGACCAGCGGCAGCACAGUUUUACCUGCUCAUCCUAUUGCUGUUCAUGCAUUAGGCGACGGACUUUUCCUGCAGACAAAAACCGCACAGGGAAUUGCUGGAGUUUUUGUCGGUCUUGCCUUGUUCCUAACUUGCUCUCAGAUAUAUCAUCACCUGCGCUGGUACACUAAUCCAGCCGAACAACGAUGGAUCGUGCGAAUAUUGUUCAUUGUUCCCAUAUACGCGACUUAUUCGUGGAUCAGUUUGCUGUUUUUUAACAGCGAAAGCUAUUACGUGUACUUCUUCACAGUCAGGGAUUGCUAUGAAGCUUUCGUGAUAUACAAUUUCUUGAGCUUGUGCUACGAAUAUUUGGGAGGCGAAGGAAACAUAAUGAGCGAAAUCCGAGGAAAACCGAUCAGGUCGAAUUGUCUUUAUGGGACAUGCUGUCUGGUUGGGAAAAAUUACACCAUAGGAUUUCUGCGAUUCUGCAAACAGGCCACUUUACAGUUCUGUUUAGUGAAGCCGGUUAUGGCCUUUGUCAUUAUAUUUCUGCAGGCAUUUGGACAUUAUCACGAUGGUGAUUGGAGUGCUGACGGUGGUUAUAUCUACAUCACGAUCAUAUACAAUAUCUCGGUCAGUCUUGCAUUGUAUGGUCUGUUUUUGUUUUAUUUCGCUACAAGGGAUCUUCUGACGCCUUUCGAACCAGUUUUGAAAUUCUGCACGGUGAAAUCUGUGAUUUUCUUAUCAUUCUGGCAAGGCGUAGCAUUGGCCGUAUUGGAGAAAGCUGCAAUCAUCUCACCAAUCGUAGAUGAUUCUGGUUACCCGACAUCAGCAGGUACAGUGUCGGCUGGAUAUCAGAAUUUCCUGAUCUGUAUUGAGAUGUUCUUCGCAGCCGUAGCGUUACGUUAUGCCUUCCCUUACCAGAUUUAUGCACAGGGUUGUAUUACAGAUACGCACGGCAGGUCUGUCACUAUGCAGUCAAUCAGUAGCAGCCUAAAGGAAACAAUGAAUCCUAAAGACAUAAUGACAGAUGCCAUUCACAAUUUCCACCCACAGUACCAGCAGUACACCCAGUACAGUUCUGGAGGUGGUAAACAUUCACGUGGCUCUCGAGUAGCUUCUCAUGACCCUGAUGAGCCAGUUUCAACAGGAUAUGGGCCUACACCAGGUGCAGAUACAGAACAGCAUGUUCAGAAAAAAUCACAACCGGCCAAUCAACGCGUGGCGACUAUCAGCAACAAUUAUAAUGAAAAGACUAUGCUCUUAAGCUCAGAUGAUGAAUAUCAAUAG